AUGUCUUGUGCAAAUUCAGUGUUUCACAUUUUGCUUAGGAGCUGUGUCUCUGCACCUUUUGUGGCUUUGAGCAAGUUAACUGUUUCUAACUUGGGUUUCCCUUAUCUCUCAAAUGCUAAACCUCUUGGCUGUAGCAUUCAUGGGAAAACCAUUAAAUUUGGAUGGUUUCGCGACCUUUAUGUUCAAAAUUCGUUGGUUAAUUUUUAUUCCGAAUGUGGGUUCUUGAAGAGUGCUAGGAAGUUGUUUGAUGAAAUGCUGAACAGGGAUGUUGUUUCUUGGAAUUCGAUGAUUAUUGGGUACUUGAGAGGUGGGAAUCUUGAUAUGGCAUUAAAAUUGUUUAGAAUCAUGGGGAACAGGAAUAUUAUCACUUGGAAUUCGAUGAUAACGGGUCUUGUUCAGGGUGGCUUGGGAAAAGAGGCCUUGCAACUGUUCCAUGAAAUGCAGAAUUUAAGUCAUGAUAACGUUAAACCAGAUAAAAUUACAAUGGCUAGUGUACUUUCAGCUUGUGCUUACGUUGGUGCAAUUGAUCAUGGGAAAUGGAUCCAUAGUUACUUGAGGAGAAGAGGUGUUGAAUGUGAUCUGGUAGUUGGAACAGCAUUGAUUGACAUGUACGGUAAAUGUGGUAGUGUGGAGAGGGCAUACGAGGUCUUUAAAGAGAUGCCUAGAAGGGAUACCUUGGCAUGGACUGCUAUGAUUUCUGCAUUUGCACUUCAUGGGUAUAGCAAGGAGGCUUUUGACACUUUUGAAGAGAUGGAAGCCGUGGGAGUGAAGCCUAACCACGUCACAUUUGUUAGUUUGUUGUCAGCUUGUGUUCAUUCUGGCUUGGUAGAGAAAGGUCGCCGGUGUUUUGAUAUGAUGAGGCGUGUUUAUUCUAUAGAACCGCAGCUUCACCACUAUGCUUGCAUGGUUGAUGUUCUCAGUCGAGCAGCGUUAUUUGAAGAGGUAGAAAAUCUUGUAAGAAGUAUGCCAAUGGAGCCAGAUGUGUUUGUUUGGGGCGCGUUACUUGGAGGCUGUCAGAUUCAUGGAAAUAUAGAACUAGGAGAAAGGGUAGCACAAUAUUUGAUUGAUUUGGAACCGAUUAACCAUGCUUUUUAUAUUAACUUGUGUGAUAUAUAUGCCAAGGCUGGUAGAUUUGAUGAUGUAAAGAGAAUCAGAGCCUUAAUGAAAGAAAGAGGUAUCAGAAAAGAAGUUGCAGGCUGUAGCAUGAUUGAAGUUGAUGGCUUCGUUCUUGAAUUCUCAAUUAAAGGGUGGCCUGAGCUCGUGAUGGACGAGAUAGUGGUGAUCUUAAAUUUAUUGAAGAAUGAGAUUAAGGGUGAAGGUUCCGUUCAUUACUGUGAUGGGAUACUGUUGGAUGCACAAAAUUGAUGAGGUCGUACCUAUUAGUAUUUGGCUUUUCUCUACUUUACACGGUUCAAAAGAAGAAAUGGAACUAAGAUUUGUGGGCGGCAAUACCGUUCAAGGGUACAAAGGCAACCAUUAUCAUAAAAAGAGCCAGAGAAUUACUUGACAGAGGCAAAUGACUCUAUCUUUUUCUUUUUUUUUUUGAAAGAAAAGUGUUGCAUAGCUUAGCUUGUUGCUGCAAGUGAAGGGAUUUCCCGGAUUCUUUAAAGAAAUGAAAUCAUCAUUGUAUAAUGCCUGGAAAACUACUGUUUAUGUGUUUCAGAUUAUAAGACCAUAUUAUCAACAUGGACAAGAUAGCGGAUUAGAAGUCAAAAUCCUUGCAAG